AUGUCUGAACAAGCUCCAUCGCUGGCGCCAGGGACCUCCGAGGGCGGGACACCCGGACCAUCACAUGCAAGUGCUCAGCAGCCAACUCAGAACGCCGUAGCCAUGUCGCCAGUUGUCAUGGCUACCAGUACUGUAAAAAUCCCAACCAAGCGACGAUGCCCGGACUUUGAUAAAGAUCCACUAUCCGACGACGACCAAACCUCUACCUACACUGUUCACGGCACAGUCGCCCCAUCGGAGGGAGGCAGUCAGGAUCACAUGCAAGACGUCGACCUGGACGAUUACGAGAACCCUUUCACUGAAGUCCGAUACAAGAAAAACCGCCCUGCAGGGAUACCAGUAGUCUUUAAAACAGUCAACAGAGAAAAAUCUUUCUGGCGCAUCAAUCCCAAUGUUGUUGCCAACGGAGUGAUUGGCAUCGCCAAAGAGAAACUACCCUCGCACCGCAUCAACAAGGAUGGCAGCCUUGCUGUUAGCGUGGAAUCUCUCCUAGCGGCAAACAGGCUUCUUGCUGUUACAUCGCUUUGUACCAUCGAGGUGACCACGAGUGUCCCCGAGUCAUACUCACGGAACCUCGGGAAAAUCAAAGGAGUCCCUCUUGAAUACUCGGACGGACUACCCGUCACAGCACCCCAUCAUGCGCAUUGGCUCCCAAGUCCAAUCAACCCUCCGUGGACAAUUCCGUCACCGGAGAUACAGACCGAAAUUCCUGGUCUUGGAUCAAAAUCUUCGGUGGCCCCCCUGGUGGCGAAGACAAUGUCCCUCUCCCAUUUAGAGGCACGCUACAAAGACGACAUUCAUAUUUACACAGACGGGUCAACAUCUAACAAGGGGUCAACAUCUGCUUACUCAAUUCCGAUGUUGGACACAUUUAAAUGUUUUCGAUUGUCCCAUCAUACAUGCUCGACGUCAGCGGAGUUACAUGCAAUACUUUCAGCAUCAUCAUUCAUUGAAGCAUUCGGUACACCAUCAAACUGGGUUAUUCUAACGGACUCGAAAUCAUCCCUAGAGUUAUUACAGGGCAUGCACCUUCGUACUACCCAGGCGACCAUUCUAUAUCGGGUGCAACUCACAUUAGCACAAGCUCGACUCCACGGACAUAACGUCAGGCUACAAUGGAUACCGAGCCACUGCCAAAUCGCCGGAAAUGAAGAAGCUGAUCGCCUGGCAGCUCAAGCUCACGAUGGUGACGUAAUGGAAGCGACAUCCUUUACCUCUGGAGAUGCAAAAUUCAUCCUUCGUCACUUACGCCAUCUACGUUGUCGGCAGUGCUGGCUAAAGGACACUUCAGCAAACACUCUCCUACCAUAUAUUGACCCGGAUUUUGAGCUUCCGCCACACACCGGGAUGAAAAGAAAAUACGACGCAUUAAUCCAUCGACUCAGACUUGAAGUGGCCUUUACUAAUAGCUUUUUAUUUCGAAUUAAACGUCGAGAUUCGCCAAGAUGUGACUGUGGAGAACCAUAUCAAGAUUUACAACAUAUCCUCCUUGACUGUGAACGCUUUCGACAUGAAAGGCGCCGGAUGGAGAUUCGCCUUCAAAUAUUAGAUGAUAGACCCCUGUCUCUGACCAAGUUGCUGGGGCCCUGGCCAACGCGUAAAAAGCAAGACAGAGCAAUGAAUAUCAUUCAUGACUUUCUAAAGGACACUAGAAUCGUGUAUGAUUAUUAA